AAUACAAAUAUAUUCAUUUAUAAAUCACUGUAAAAAUAUGCCAGGGAUCACACUAGGAGACACGGUGCCGAACCUAGAAGUGGAGACGACACAUGACAAGUUCAAGCUUCAUGACUACUUCGCCAAUUCUUGGACCGUCCUCUUCUCUCACCCCGGGGAUUUCACGCCCGUAUGCACCACGGAGCUGGGUGCGAUGGCCAAGUACGCUCAUGAGUUUGAGAAGAGAGGCGUGAAGCUCCUUGGUUUGUCUUGUGACGACGUACAGUCUCACAAAGACUGGAUCAAAGAUAUCGAAGCCUUUACGCACGGAAGCAAGGUGAAGUAUCCGAUAAUCGCAGACCCGAACAAAGAGAUCAUUCCUCAGCUUAACAUGAUUGAUCCAAUCGAGAACGGACCGUCUCGUGCCCUCCAUAUCGUUGGCCCUGAUAGUAAGAUAAAGCUGAGCUUCUUGUAUCCGUCGACCACGGGACGUAACAUGGACGAAGUACUUAGGGCUUUAGACUCAUUGCUAAUGGCGUCCAAGCACAAUAACAAGAUCGCCACUCCCGUUAACUGGAAACCGGAUGAACCGGUUGUGAUUUCGCCUGCCGUGUCGGACGAAGAAGCUAAAAAGAUGUUUCCUCAAGGUUUCAAGACCGCUGAUCUUCCUUCAAAGAAAGGCUAUCUCCGUCACACUGAGGUCUCUUGAGAGAUUAACAAAAAAAAACAAAAGCCUAAUUAAUAAAUAACGUAAUACGAAAAAAAAAAAAUAAAAAAAAAUAACGUAAUACGAGUAUUGUAUAAUAAAUAUUAGAGUUCUUACGUGUUGGACGGAAAUAACUACGUUUUGUAACGUAUGAUGAUGCUUUGUUUGCACUUUGCACUAGGUGUAGUAGUCCUUUGUAUUAAUAAAAAAGUUUGUUUUUAAUAUAAAGUCGUGUUUUACGACGUUUUUACUGAUC